GUUUCUUUGUAUAACCAUGUGACCUCCAGCAGCACAUCCAAACCGUUGCCACCAUCACUGAAGCAAUUCUCUUUAGACCAGCUAACACCUGAGUCACAGUGCUUCAUGUCCUUUGCACUGGAUAACGCAUCUUUGUACAUAUGCAUGUGGUCAAGUGGGAAUGUCAGUACCGUUGAACUGAGCAGUCAUUUUCGCUGUGAUAUCAUUGAUUAUGCAUAUCUUACACAACAGUGUGCAGUUGAGCCCUUUCAAGCUAAAAUACAACUGACAGUGGGUGAUACAACUGCUAUUAGCUGUGUUACAAAACCCAUAGCUGUGAGAUUUGGACCUGCAAUUGGACACACAUUGGCAGUAUCAGCACAACUCUGGGCUCAAGCUUUCCGUAAUUAUGAAUGGGAUGUAGACACACCUGCACCCAGUGCUGAAUUCCAGGUCAUUGUGAGUCGAUACGUCAUCUGCAAUGACACGACACAUCCAAUAAGAUUUGGACAAGCACUGACGGAUGAAGACAUACUUCUGGGUAGCCGUCAGUGUCAUUUUUACUCUUGGCGUACUCACAGAGUCAAAGAGGUGCUACGAGUAGGAGUGGAGGAAGGUGCUUGGGUGUGGUCUCAGCCGUUUUCCAUUGAUGUGGAUGGCUUACAGCUCUGUAGUUUAGCAGACUGUUGUAUGCAAGAUGUUAGUAUUGUUGUGAAGGUGUCGUCAUUGUCAUUCACUCAGAAGCAGGUAACCCUGUCAGGCCAGUUGGUUGUCACAAAUCUCCUGGCAGAGCACCUAGAGUGCCAUAUUUUACCCUUGGUAGAUGAGGCUUGUGGGUCUCAAGGUGAAGAAGGACAGAGCCUUAUUGCUGUGGGCAAGAGCACCCCUCCAUCAGUGCUUUUGGAUGCAAAUAGAAAAGUGGCAAUGAGAAUUAGAUUUCAUGGACUGGACAGCGUUUGGUCUGGAGACAUUCCCUUGCAAGAAAAAUCCAGAUCUGGACAGCCCUGGCUUGUUAAGGUCCCUCUUCAUGACAGGGGCCAGUUUCUGAGUGUGUGGUGUCGUGUGAUAUGCCAGCAUAUUGGGCAAGGUGUGAAAAUCCUUGCCAUGUUGUGCCCCCUAUAUAUGAUCCGCUCAUAUCUACCUGUUCCAGCAAAAGUCCUUAUAGACACGCCUGGCCUCAAGGUUCAUCUCGAGGCAGCAGUGAAUGGUCGUGGAGAGCAGCAGCAGUUGUACUGUCCAGGCACAGUGGACCAUUCACACAAGUUAACAUUCAAACUAGAUAAUGGAGUACUCCCAUCCAAUCCCUACGUUCCACUGUCAUACACACUAAUUGAUCAGCGAAAGUUCUUAAAAAUAGAUGAUAAAGAUAUUGACAUAGAUGCCAUUGUUGCUUCGUUAAAUGAAGUCAAGGCUCCAGUUUGGCCCUUUGUAGGGGAGGAAUAUGAAAAUGUGGUGUGGGUGGCAACAGAGCAUCCAGAGACACAUGUGCAAGUGAAGUACAUGCCACAAGGUCCAUUCUGUAGUACCUUGCUGGUGGAAUUACAGCCAUGGGCACUUUUGGUCAAUGUACUUGGCUGUUCUCUUGUCCUCAUGGUUGAAGACUCUAUUGUCUGCAGGGUGCCACAUCAAGGUGUCAUCACCCCUCCAAAACUGGAACAUACCUUUAACCUUGGUCUGGAUGUUGGUGAGGUAGUUCAUGCAUCACAACCUCUUCAGUUAGCUCGCCCUGACUGGGGAAGUAGUUUUUACAUGCCUCGUAUCUCUGGCCUCAUCCCAAAUUCCGGAAAUGUGCAGACAGUAAUACAGUGUGGAAAAGCAGUGGCUUUUCUGAGCAUUGCCUCCGUUAUGGUGGAGGAAAUGAGAGUGAUUACUGUGCGAGCAAAAUAUAUCAUCUGCAACUGUACUUCUCUCAGCUUACAGAUAUCAGCAUUUGCAGUUAAAGAGUUUGAAAGGCAUGAUUGCCUAAAAGAAGAGCAGAGAUGUGUGCAGACGGUGCUACCACACACGGAAAAUAAAAGCAAUUUGGGCUUGCCCAUUGUUCAGUGGGCUGUACUAGGGAAGGAAGAGGGAGAAGGGGAGCUCCUUCCAUACAUAAUGCUGAACACUGGUGCCGGCUGGAGCUGUCCUCUUCGGGUCAGUGAUGGAAUGGUCCGUCACAGUUUCAGCAUUCCUGUCACUAUGAAUGCUGAUUGUCAGAGUAAUGAUGCCUAUACUCUCACAGUGCAAGAACAUUCAGGCCAAGUUUUUCUAUCAAUAUAUCCGGAAAUGCAUCCACAGAUUACACUACACAACAUGUGCAGGUUCAAGAUUCUGUGUGCACAAGGAAUGCCAGACAGUGAUGGAAAAGCUGUUCCAGAGACUGCCAACUUCGACUGGUGGUGUGGUGUAGAACCUCAUAGUUAUGCCCAUUAUAGCCUUCCAGCUACUUCACAAAGAUUUCCGGAUAUUGUCUCUCCAGGAAACUGGCCUCCUUUAGUCCUGGCAUUGUCUGAGUCAUGUCCUCCAAGAGAGGGUACCUUACUUUGGUCCAGAGGAAUAAAUAUCAUAGAGACUCAAGAGCAGUUUGUACAACUGCCUGGUCAUGGUGAUGUGAAGGUCCGGGUUGAAGUUCAGUGUCAUACAACACACAUAACAGUUGAAACUGUGAGCCAUGUUGAGAUAUCUGCUCGUGAUAUUCGAAGCAGACUGAUACAUCAUCAAGAAGACACAGAAGCUGUGGAGACAUCUCAUCACGUAUCACUAUCUCAUUCAGCAACUUCGUAUGCUUCAGACUACCUUUCUGCAACAAGUUCUUCACAUAGGGGAACUGAACAGAAAAUGAAGGAAGCAGAAAGUGGUGCAAGCUUUGUUAGUGCAGAUGAUAAGAAGGACUAUUUUCCCUUGGAUCAUACAGUGACUGUCUUACAAGACUAUAAGUCCCCAGCCUUAUUGACAUCCAGUUUGCCAGCAGUCACUGAACACCAGAACAGUGCUAUGGAAAAACUACCUGAACCGUGCAAAACAAAACAUAUUCAUGCUACAUUUUUCCUGAGAGGGGUUCAUGUCAGCCUCACAGAAGACAUUCCAAAGAUGAGAUCUGAAAGAACUCAGAUUGUUUUUCUUAGCCUUGAUAAUGUUUGUGUUUGUGUUAAACCUCAGUUCUUGAGAGAGGAUGCUGAAGAACUAGAUGUUUGUGUCAGUAUUGGAGAUUUGCAGUUGGAUAACCAGAUGUUCCAGCAUGGUGGAUAUGACUUCCCAGUUAUUCUAAUUGGUCAAGUUCCUAAACAUAAUUUAGGCUAUGGAUUCUCCCUCUCUGUGCCCCCAUCACAUUUAAUUGAACGAUUUUCAUCAGACUCCCUUGUUGUGAUCAGUGCUUCCCUUGAGACCUUGAACAAAAGAGGAUGCAGUUGUACUGUUAUGAAAGAGCUGAAGGUGUCAUUUGGACCUCUUUGUGCUUAUAUUGAAGAUACUCUCAUAACAAAGUUGACUGAUUAUUUAAUGUGCCUUUUGCCUACUAUGUUAGUGCUGUUACCACCAUCAAGCAGUGGUGUCAGUCUUCCACCAAGAGCAUCAUUAGUUCCCAUAUCUAAAGUAACCUAUUGGAAUUCAAGGCAAAUUGCAUUUCCUGUUCACCUCCGCACACUGACAGUCGAGCCUCUAUCUCUGCUUCUUAGUGUUCACACAUCGGUGAAGUUGUACAUUGCAUUGGAUCACUCACCAUUACAAUUCUCUGCGUUUGAACGCCGAACUUUGAUCACAACCCCAUAUCGACUGGGACAUACUUUAACGAUGCAUUAUUUAUCAGGAGCCAUAUUUGGAGCUGGAUGGAUGGUAGGUUCACUGGAGUUGUUAGGCAGCCCUGGUGGGUUUGCUAGAACACUGGGAACCGGAUUACGAGAUUUUGUGAGUCUACCGUAUCGUGGGAUAUUUGAGGGACCAUGGGGAUUCCUAGUUGGAGUUACCCAUGGUUCAGCUUCCCUCAUGAAACAUGUGACUGCAGGAACCCUAAGCUCAGUAACUAAACUAGCAGCCAGUGUAGCUCGAAAUCUGGACAGAUUGACCCUCGAUCACGAACACCUUGCCAGGACUGAAGAACUGAGAAGACAGCGGCCACAGGGUGUUACUCAAGGGUUAGUUCAAGGGUUGACAGGAUUGGGCAUCAGUUUAUUGGGAGCUGUAGGAGGAAUUGCUCAUCAUCCCUUGCAGUCGGUUGUGAGUGAAGGGGCCUCCACUAGAGGUCUUGUGAAGGGGGUGGGAUUAGGGUUGGUUGGAGCUAUCACAAAACCAUUAAGUGGAGCCGCAGAAUUGGUAGCACUUACGGGUCAAGGCUUGCUGCAUGGGGCAGGGUGGACAUAUCUUCCAGAAGUGAGACAGCAAUCCAUCAUUGAGUAUUCAUUCUCAGGUGCCAGUUCUCGGCUCAAGUAUAGCUGGAAGCUAAUAGCAGAACUUGGAGCUGGCUGUCACACAUUGUUGCAUGUAACUGAAGCCACAUGUGUGACUCCUUCAGGUAAUUAUGAAGCUGUUGCUUUGGUGCUCACUACACGGGCACUCUUUUUGGUGGACAUAGAAGAAGAUCUAACAAGGAGAAUUCUUUCGCUGGCAGAACUAUCAGCUGUGGAGCACCUGUCUGACCCUACGCUGCUCUGUUUCCAGUUUCAGCCAGCUGUGGAACUCGAAGCUGCUUCCCAUGCUCGUGUUGUUGAUUUUGUUCGACGCAGCUCAGGCAUGGUUGCUGAUAUUGCUCAUGACAGUGCACAAUCUGAAGUUGAGUCUUCACUGCCUGGCAGCCCUGUACUUCCAGAACCACCAGACUCAACUGACACGCUUCUCAUGUUUUAUGUAAACCCACAGUCAAGAAAUUAUUUUCUGUCAGUUCUUGCCCUUGCCAAACGACAAAGUGAAGGGCGAGGUUUUGCAGUUCUCUAAUUUGAUGUUCAUUAUUUUACUAGUAGUACAAAUUUCCGAAUUUCUGAUAAAUGUACAGAGUGGGGUGCAGAAACUUCCUUUUUGUGAAGACGCAUUGUGAACGGAGGGAGGUCGCAGAAUAGUGGGGCUAGGCUCGGCGAACGCAGCAGUCGCGGAACUCACUUCGGAAUUAAGCCCAGAAGUCCAGUUGCUGACUGGAAAUCGA